AAAGAAAAAAAAAAAAAAAAAAAAAAAGCUUAAAAUAUCAACAUUUCUUAUAUCUAUAUCUUUAUCUUUAUCUAUAAUUUAUAUUGUAUAGACGAUUGAUGAAUCAGACAUCCACAAAUAUUUUGGCGACUCUUCACAAUUAGGCUCAGGAUAUGUUUUGUUUUAUCAGGCUCGUGAUCUUGACAUGAGUACUAUUGUACCGAUGCAUUGGGCACAGCAGCAAGUGCCCUUCACAUUAAAGAGUCCUAUCCAAGCCUCUUUUACAAAUGGUCAUGGAGGCAACAUGUCCAAUGGACUAUCUCCUGCAGAUUUGGAUCAAUAUGGAGGACUUCUACCACAUACACAACAACAAGAGCUGAUUCAUCAACAAUUGGCGCACAAGCAACAACAACAACAACAGCAUCAGCAACAGCAACAGCAAAAUGGUGGCGGCAGCGGUUUCAGCUCUCUGUUCGGUGGUGGAAACAGUAGUCAUAAUAGUAGCAAUAGCAACAACCCUGGAUCAUCGUCAUUACAGAGUCCGACUAUAAUGACUCAACAUCAUCUGUUGUCAUCCAAUGGUGCGGGAGGUCCACGGAGUCCGACUCAAAUACAGGAUCCUUCCAUGCUUAAUGGACAAAAGAUCACUAGUGGAUCGUAUGUCUACACUAAUGGGGUUGCAGGGGCAGCAGCAGCAGCAGCUGCUGCGACUUUAUCCUCUAGGACUAGUUCAGGCUCAACAUCAUUGUCGAAUGACUAUUAUACCAAUGGAAAUAAUCAUCACAAUGGUACUAACUACACAACAACAACAACGACUACUGUUGUUAAUCCCGAUCACGCAUUACCACCUCCUUCUCCUUCUGCAUAUCAUACAUCAUUUACGAAUGGAAAUGGAUUAACUUUGUCAACGCCACCAACAUCUUCAGGUACAGGGACAGGAACAGCAACAAGUAAUUCACUGCCUCUUUCUUCCAAAUUAAAGUCAUCAGCAACAACAACUACACCUAUAGUCCCUCAUACGAUCAUUGACCCUACGAAAUUGAAGAGAGCACAAAGUACUCCUAGGAUCACUCUUGCAUCUGCUGCCGCAAAGACAUUUGGAGGCUCGGGUGGGAAAUCCUUUAUUGGAAGUCUGAGAGGAGGAUCAUAAAAAAAAAAAAAAAAAAAAAAGGAUGAAGUAAAUACCUUUCCAUCAAUCUUGGAAAUACUCAUAGUUAAAUGUAGUUGCAGCCAACAACAACGUCGACAAAAAAAAAAAAUCAUUAUAAUAUAUAUAUACAAACUAUAUACUUUAUUACGACU